GCCAAGAAGAGCCACGAUGGACGACGUGUUCGACCUCGUCGACCGCAUUGAAGAGCAGUGCAUCGUCCAAGGGCAUGCGCAGGGCGUCGAGGAAGGCCGCCGCUUGGGCUUCCAAGAAGGCAACGAUUUGGGCGAGGUCAAGGGCUACGAGAUUGGCAGCGAAGUCGGCUUCUACCAUGGUUGCUACCUGCUCUGGAGCGCAAUGCUAAUGGCCGACGCUUCUUCACUGCCGCCGAGAGCGGUCAAGUCGAUCGAAUCGCUGGGCCAGCGCAUUCGCGCCUACGCCCUCGUGAACAGCCUCGAUGAAAAGAUCCACAUGGACCUGCAGCUCAUUCGCGCCAAGUUCAAGGUCGUGACAUCGCUCCUCGGGCAAUCGGCGCUCGUCUUCAACGAGCAAAACGUCUUGGACCACAAAAACAUGUCCUUCUAGUCGUUCGUACGACUAUAGUAUCUACUCGCACAUACUUCAAAAGAGCCCGCGAGCGAGCGUCCUAGGCGUCGUGCUUGGUCGCGGCGAGAAGGGCGAGCUCGUACGCGACGGCGCCAAACCCUAAAUGAAAAACAUCGUAAUUCGAAUCCG